GCUGUCACAGUUGGGCGUUGAGCGACGUGAUGGUCGGCCUGAAAAAUGAGUAUCCUCUUUGGUAGCGGUUGAUGUAAAAUUCCUAACUGGAGAUUUUGAUUAGUCUUAAAUAACAGGCUCUUAGCCUGACCUUACCCGUGCGCUGUUUUAUUCUGAUCUUUGGGGACUAACAUUAAGAAUGAAUGCUCGGCAGAAGCUCUUUGGUAAGGGCCCCUGUGGGGUUGUUGAUACAGGGAUCUUAGGAGGCUUUCUAACUGAUUUUUGGGUGUAGAAGAUCCACCUACUAGUUUUCCGGACGGGAGAUCUCUGGAACAGAGGUUUAUGGAGCAAAAAGUGGCCAGAGAAGCUGGCAAAUCCGCAGAAACCGAGGUGCUACUCAGGCAGGAAGGGAGGGAGGAGAAGAGUCCGCGGUCGCUUCUGUUGCCGGAAAACGAAAAUGAGGUAGAGGCGAGAAGGAAAAAUAAUGAAAGCGAAGGUUGUGGUGGAGAUUUUGAGGGGGAUUGGGAUAAGGGUGGGGGGAGACCCCAUUCCUGCAGUGAAACAAAUGGUGAGGAGGGGGGUAGAGGGAGAUGGACACCAAUUCACAAGAGAGGACAAUCAGAGGGGAACGGCGUUCAAGAGAGAUGGAGACCUUCGGGGAAGUGGAACACACGGGAGCAGCUAGAUAACCGGAGAAGCCGGGAGAAACGAGAGACCCGCUGGAGCGUGGGGCGGGAUGGACUGCAGCCUUCAAGUCUAGUUUUGGCAAGUAAUAAAGGAGGGCGUAGAUACAGCUGGGCCAGCCGAGAGGAUAGAUCUAGGUUUUGCCAACCCAAGGCUCUUCAAAAAGAUUGGAGGGCACGAGAGGGUGAUGGGGGAAGUGAGAUUUUGGACACAAGUAUGGUUCCCCUAAACACGCAUUCCAGGCUUCUAUUUUAGUCUCUAGGCAGCUCUGACAAGCAGAUGUUCCUUCCUUGGAACCCCUAGGAGAUAGAUAUUGCGAUCUAGAAUCAACUCACUAUAUUCAGAGCGCACUUUCUGCUAUGGCCCAUUCGUACAAUCACCCCCGGAUACCCACCUUUCUGUCAGAGAUCCUCGAACUCGUAAACGGUUCACUGGGAGGACAAACACUGAAAUUUGUAGUCGAUACGAUGUUCCAAAUAGCACCCACCACCGAAGACCACGUUACGGGAAGGCUCAGUCUGCCGAUCUAUGCCGAAUUUUCCCUAUCUCUCACAAAAUUCAUAAGCCCAGACACUGCCGAUAAGGGGAUUAAAGCUAGUUAUAGACGCCCUCUUUCAGGAUCGAAUCUAGCCAAAGUCUAUAUAUCUGAGAAAUGCAAUUCUUUAGUAAAGAAAGAACAGGGUCUCGUUAACUCUACAGUUCCGAGGAUGCCACUGUUCUUCGGAGAGCUUCACCAACAUGAUUUGUGUCCGGACGGAGUGGUAAUUGUUUGUGUCAACGAGCUUCUAGGGCGUGUGAACCUCCCAGAAGCUGAUUCUCUCCGCACCCUAUGCGAGUUACUUAAAAUAACCGGAAAGAAGUUGUACAGGGGGAAUAAAACGCGGGCAGUGGUGGAUAAAGCUCUCAACCACAUCAGAAGGUUGAAUCCAGAGGAGGGUACCGAUAAUACCGUACGCCUGGCGCUCUUGGUGGGUACCCAGAUUAUUUCGUCCUUGCAUCUAUGAGACCAACGAUCUCACAUCACUUUAGGAAAUCCUUGAUCAGCGAGAGUUUUGGUAAGGGGUACGUCCUAAAGGUGCUGAAGGGGGUGGGAGGAAAGGCACUUUUGAAACUCUGUUGAACGGCGGAUUAGUGGUUUCGGUACCCUAGUCUAGUUUGUUUAUCUAGAAAGCGGGGAAGGGAUUGGCAUUAGAGAAAUAUGGAAAACGGAUUUGCUUUGUUUAUUUAUUAUUAGAAAUCCAAUUUGUAGCUGUCAGACACCUAGUCAUAUUAUGUCCAACGUCACUGGGUUUAUCUUUCUUCA